UGUUAUGAUGCUGUUAUUGGUGGGUCUCGCCCUGUUGUUAUCUGGCUGCUCAAGUCAGAACUUGUUAAAGAAUGGCGACUAUGAAAGUAUGGAUGGAUGGCAUUGUUAUGGUUUUCAUUGUGAAUUGACUAAUAUUAGACAUACGGGGAACCACGCCUUAAAGGUGUCCGGCAGAACUCAGUAUUGGCAGGGACCGGGCCAAGACCUUCCCUAUUUGGACCCUAAAAAGACUUAUAAAAUAUCAAGUUACGUGAAAAUGUUGAAUGAUAUACCAGGUGAAAUGGGACAAUAUAUAGAAUUAGAAGUAGCUAUAACUUUUACUGACAACAGUAAAACGUAUAUGUCUCUAGCGUCAUAUCCCAGAAUCUCGAGUAAAGAUGGAUUCGUUUUAGUUGAAAGUAUCUUUAAUGUUCCAAAGAAAGCUAUAAAGACGGCCAACUUGUAUUAUCAAGGACCUAAAGCUGGUAUAGAAUAUAUAGUAGACACAGCAUCUAUUGUUCCUAUACAACUAGAUACUAACUGGAGAAAGGAAUCGGAUAAUUAUAUAGAAUCACAUAGGAAGUCCGAUAUCCACUUCAAGGUGACUAGUGAUGCUGGUAUAGAUAAAUCACAAGUUAAUAUCCAGAUAACACAGAAGAAGAAGGCCUUUCCGUUUGGUACAGCUAUAAAUAUGGGUCUCUAUAACCAUGGUAACUCUAAAUACAGAGAUUUCAUACAUCAGCAUUUUAACUGGGGUGUUCUAGAAAAUGCCUUAAAAUGGGACUUGAUUGAACCCAAGCAGGGCGCAGCUGAUUAUGCCACACCCAUCAACACAAUUAAAACAUUGAGGAAUCAUGGAAUAAAGAUGAGAGCGCAUAAUAUUGUUUGGGCUAAAGGACAAUACGUACCCACGUGGGUGCGAACUAUGUCAGGAAGUACACUAAGACAAACCGUACACCAGAGGUUUAUAAAUAUUGUAUCCAAAACCAAAGGGUUAGUAGAACAUUGGGAUGUAAACAAUGAAAAUCUCCAUGGUUUCUGGUUUCAAGAUAAAUUAAAUGAUCCAAAUUUUAGCCAUCAGAUGUUUACCUGGGCCCAUCAGGUAGACCCUAAUGUUAAAUUAUUUCUCAAUGAUUAUGGAGUGGUUGCCCAGGCCAGUUCCACAGCUCCCUAUCUAGAACAAGCCCUGGAGUUUAAGAAAGCCAAUGUACAUCUGUAUGGUUUAGGUGUCCAGUGUCAUUUUGUAGAGAACGUGGCACCUAAUCCAACUGUCUUAAAGGAGAAUCUUAAUACCUUGGCCAAAGCCGGAUUACCAAUUUGGGUGACAGAACUUGACGUUGGGACACAUGAUGAAAACCUCAGAGCUGAUUGGUAUGAAACUAUUCUAAGGGUCAUGUAUGGUCAUCCCUCUGUUGAAGGUGUCAUUUUCUGGGGAUUCUGGGAUCAAGCCCAUUGGAGGAAAGAUCGCGGUGCUUUAGUCGUAGGAAAUGACGUCACGUUAACAGCUGCUGGUCGAAGAGUGCUUGAUCUGUUUGAAAAUCAAUGGAUGACAAAAGAAUCCAGGAAGCUGUCUACAGCCGGAAAUCAGUUCACUGUUCGUGGUUUCCAUGGUGAUUACGAGGUCAAGGUUACAUACAAAAGUCAUCUGAUUUCUGAUCAGACGAAGACCUUCACUUUGGAUAAGACAAGCAAAACAAUUAAUAUCCAUGUACAUCAGUAA